AUGGAUAUUGUGAAAGAUCUCCGUGUCUCCGUGACGGAGGCAUUUGAGUCUUCUUUUGAUAAUGCUCUCAAGAGACUACAGUCUGAAAUUGCUGUUAAUCAAGCCAGUCUGGAAAAGGCCAAGAACGACGCGGCCAUUGCCAAUACGGCCCGCCAGGCAGCAGAAUGCAGAAUACAGGAUCUCCAACGCGAAGUGGCAGCGCUCCAAGAAGAAUUAAACCACCAAGACUCCGGUCCAGCUGAUCCGGAUCUUUCUAUGAAGUCUGUUGACUUUGAAAAUGAAUUUUCUCCAGAGCACAUCUGGGGGGCUGAUCUAGAAGUGGAUCAAUUACGAGAAAUCCUGGAGAACAAGUACAUGUCCCUUUACGAUCGACUCCAGGACUACCGUCAGAGUUGGGGUCCCUUGAAGGCAAAGCUGAUGCAGCAUAAGACGAAAUUACGCCUCUAUCAGCAAAAAUUUAAGAACGAUAAAUUCACCCUCGAUCUUGAUGGCGAGCCGGUCACAUUUGAGAGAGUUCAAAACUCGAAGGAUGACCAUAACGACCAUGCUGCAGUAAACUCCAGCUCAUUUACUAGGCGAAGCUUGCCUCCAAAACAGGGGAUCUCUCUUAAUUCAGAGCAGCCUAUCAAAUAUACACAGAACCGAAGCGGCUCAGCAGACACGACCCCUGUGACCCAAACAAUAAAUCACAGUCUGCAUGCUUCAUUUUCAGACGAGACAGAACCAUGCCUUACACAAUCUUCUCCUGGGCGUGAACCGGAUUCAUCAGAGUCGCCUUCGGAUAUACUCCCCCCGUUGCCAAAUUUGCAGAAACGAAAGAGAAAGCGUGCCGUGAAUUCUUCUGAAGCCCCUGUUACAGCGAGCAAAUCCGCCCGACCGAUACUGGUGAAAGAUGAGACAUUCUCAUCGAGCCCCCAGCAGCAUUCGGCAUAUGUCUUGGGGCCAUCUCUUCCAAGCACCCAGGACCUUGAUGACAUCGGCGAUACUGUGAUGACACCCACAAAACGACAUGCGCACAGAGCAGUGCAUUGGGAUGACACUAGCUCGAGGGAAUUGAACCAUGGGCAAAGCAGCUUCAAUGUGCUUCAACCAAUUGAUGGUAACAUGCGAUCAGCAGGAGUCCCCAAGCCUAAAUUUGGUGACAAAGGGAAGAAAUUCAAAGACCUUCGGGCGAUAUUAUCGAUCACCGAAGACGGUGAUGUUGGUGAUUCGGAUGCCCAUCCAUACUCUACAAGAUGCAUUUCAGUGCCCCCAACUAUGUCAUUGAAGAUGGAAUCUCGCUCUAAGCUCACCACCAAAGACCGCCUAGAAGAUCUUCUUGAGAAAUCACAGCCAUCGAAAUCACCUCUUACGUCCUCAAGAGGCAUGCUGGGACGAAAUAUCACUCCUAAGAAGGACUCUAGGACUGCCAAAUCAAUUCCUUUCCAGCCACCUUCAGUGCAAAACGAGGAGUCUGAAAGCCAACUUGAUUUGAAUGUGCACCCUGAUGAUGAGCCUUAUAGGUCACGCCCUCUUCACAGGCUGACAUUGGAUCAUUUCAAGAUCAACCCGCAGAAAAACGACGGGCUUGACUACGCAUAUAGUGCAGUUGUUCGAAAGAAAGAUGAUCGCAAGUGUCUCACCGGCUGUACGAGACCCGAAUGCUGCGGAGGCCGAUUUCGUGCCAUGGCUCGUCUCGGAGGAUUCCCCGCCAAGUCACCAUCGGAACAGCAGGAGGAAGAUCAACGACUAUUGGAGGAGUAUAUGGGAGAAGACUACCAUAUGCUGGAGGGAUUGAGUGCAGAGGAUCGCGGUCACCUUCUCAUUGAAGCUCGAGCCAGAGCCAUAGCAAACCAAUAUGGCAAACACCGGCAUGCUCAUCAGCGGGCUCGAUCGCCUCCUGGAUUUUGGAGGACCGAUAUGCCCUCUACACAAGAACUAGAGUCCGAUCGAGAAGUUGCCCAAAGAAUAGAGAGAGAAAAGAUAGAGGAGCGAUACCGUGAAGCCAUGCGGCCCGGUGGGCUAUGGACCUGGGCAGAUGAGUGA